AUGAUGGCACAAAACAAACUCCGAGUGCUGCAGAUAAACCUGCAGCACGCUAAAGCGGCGUCAGCUGUUCUCAAUAGCUGUUUCGCCAAAAAUGCAUUGGAUUUUGCUCUGGUUCAGGAGCCUUGGGUUCUCCAAGGCUGUAUCCGGGGCAUAGGUAGUAGGCAUGGAGCAGACUCUCUAGCUCCAAUUCUAUUAAAGAUCAUGAGAACUAGUCAUGCUUGGGCAUAUAUGCCUAAACCAUGGAGAUUGGGUAACGUAAUCUUUAUUCCUAAGGCAGGUAAAAGGCCGAGAAACAAUCCUAAGUCUUAUCGGCCAAUAAGUCUUACAUCUUUUCUCCUCAAAAUUAUGGAGAAAGUCAUUGAUAGGCAUAUUAGAGACGAUGUUCUACCAUCUAAACCGGUACAUCAAGAUCAACAUGCAUAUCAAGCAGGUAAAUCCACUGAGACCGCUCUUUUCGCUCUUGUAGAUCGAAUCGAGAAGGCUUUGCAAGAUAAAGAAGUGUCUAUAGCGGCUUUCAUAGAUAUUGAAGGCGCUUUUGACAACACAUCUUACGAUCGUAUUCACCGUUGCCUUAACAAUAGGGGCGUUGACUCCACAACUUGUCGAUGGAUAACGACGAUGUUGGGGAGUAGAAGGAUCGUAACACAAUAUUUAGCUCAGACGACAGCUUUUUCUGCAACUAAAGGGUGUCCACAGGGAGGGGUAUUGUCUCCCCUUCUCUGGACACUGGUUGUAGAUGACUUGCUGACGAAGCUAAAUGAACAAGGUGUAGCCGCCCAAGGCUAUGCGGAUGAUGUGGUUAUUCUAGCAGUAGGGAAGUUUGAAAACACCCUCAUGGAACAGGUCCAGAGAGCUCUUAAUACCACAGGGACUUGGUGCAGAGAGCAGGGACUAAGAAUUAACCCAAAAAAGACAGUAAUAGUCCCAUUCACCAAAAGAAGGAAGCUCCACUUUGAAAGGAUGCCACUUAUGGAUGGUGAAACCAUUGAAAUUUCUAACGAGACCAAUUAUCUAGGAGUAAUCCUUGAUAGCAAACUUGGCUGGAAAUCUCAUUUAAAUAAUGUUAUAAACAAGGCCCAUGCAGCACUUUGGACCUGUAGAAGGUACAUCGGCCAAACAUGGGGCCUAAAUCCAAAACUUAUGCGUUGGAUAUAUGGAGCAGUUGUCAGACCUAUCAUCACAUAUGCAUCAAGUGUAUGGUGGCGUGUGAUAGAGUUGAAAGGAGCUCGGACCAGUCUUACUAGACUGCAAAGAUUGGCUUGCCUGUUAAUAACAGGAGCAAUGACAACGACUCCAACCCUUGCUAUGGAAAGGAUGCUCUCUAUGCCUCCUUUGCACAUACAUCUAGAGGUGCAAGCUAAAGCUUCUCUUAUCAGAUUGCUGGCAACCAGCAAUAUUAGGGUAAGGAAUUUGGACAAUGUCCUAAUCAAUGAGAUUAGCAGCAAUCCAAUCCUUUCAAUGGUGUCAGACAAGAUGACACCAUCCUAUAGAAUUGACAAACCAUUCAAUAUUCUUAUUGCAGAGGGUUCUGAAUGGCAAUCAAUUCAUAAUAGCAUUGAGCACAGUGCUCUUGUUUGGUACACAGAUGGGUCAAAAAUGGAUGACUCGUCGGGUGCAGGCGUGUUUGGACUCCGGCCUAAAUUCAAGCUGCACAUACCAAUGGGUAAAUAUGCCACAGUCUUUCAAGCUGAAAUAACAGCUAUCUGGGCAUGUAUACGGGAAAAUUUACGGAGACAAUAUCAGGGUCAACGUAUCUAUAUUUUAUCUGACAGUCAGGUCUCAUUGUUAGCUCUAAAGUCUGAUAAAAUAACAUCAAAACUCGUCUUGGGCUGCCUGGAGUCUCUCGUGACCCUGGGCUCUAGUAAUAGAGUCACACUUGUGUGGGUAUCGGGGCACAUGGGGAUUCCUGGUAAUGAAGCCGCCGACGAGCUUGCAAGGAAAGGGUCAAACUCUCCUUUUAUUGGACCAGAACCUUUCUGUGGCAUUUCAGACGCCACAAUUAAGAAAGAAAUCCAUACAUGGACUCAAGCCAGGGAAGCCGAACACUGGAAUAACAGUACAGGGCUCAGACAGGCCAAGUUAUUCCUAAUAGAAUGCUCCGAGUCGCAAACUCGGGAGGUCUAUAAGAUGAGUAGGAAAAAACUCAGAGAAUAUACAGGGCUAAUGACAGGACACUGCCAUCUACGAAAGCAUCUGUACAAUAUCAAAGUUUCACAGGAGUACCUCUGUAGAUUCUGUGGAAUGGAAGAUGAAACGCCUGUACACAUCUUAUGCUAUUGCGAAGCAGUAAUGUGCAGAAGGCGUGUACUUCUAGACUCAUAUGUGCUUGAACCACAUGAGAUCUGGAAAAUUAAGCCGGAAAAGAUUCUAGACUUCCUUAAAAGUCUUAAACUGUCUGGCUUAUAA